GCAAGGGGCCGGCUCUCUCAUUCCGGGUUUCAGAGCCGGGCGAGCUUGUUGACUGAAUUGAUUGCCUUCCAAAGCUGUGGCUCUCGAGAUCUCUCCGACGAUGAACGGAUUGCGCGACAGCAGGAUCGAAGAAGGGACCUUCCUUUUCACCUCGGAGUCGGUGGGAGAAGGACACCCAGAUAAAAUUUGUGACCAGAUCAGUGAUGCUGUUCUUGAUGCCCACCUUAAACAAGACCCAAAUGCCAAAGUCGCAUGUGAAACUGUUGCUAAGACUGGGAUGAUCCUCCUGGCUGGGGAAAUUACAUCUUCGGCUGCGGUUGACUAUCAGAAAAUUGUCCGUGAAACAAUCAAGCACAUUGGCUAUAAUGACUCCUCAAAGGGCUUUGAUUACAAGACAUGCAAUGUAUUGGUUGCCCUGGAGCAGCAGUCCCCCGAUAUAGCUCAGGGAGUCCACCUUGACCGCAAGGAAGAGGACAUUGGUGCAGGUGACCAGGGUUUGAUGUUUGGCUAUGCUACGGAUGAGACUGAGGAGUGUAUGCCCCUGACCCUUCUCCUGGCCCAUCAGCUGAAUGCGAAGCUGGCAGAACUCCGUCGCAACCAUACCUUGCCCUGGCUGAGGCCAGAUUCCAAAACCCAGGUGACUGUGCAGUACCGACAGGACCGGGGUGCUGUCAUCCCUAUUAGAGUCCAUACAAUCGUUAUCUCUGUACAACAUGAUGAGAAAAUCGGCCUGGAUGAAAUGAGGGAUGCUUUGAAGGAAAAAGUGGUCAGAGCUGUCGUACCUUCAAAAUACCUGGAUGAUGAUACUAUUUACCACCUGCAGCCCAGUGGACGUUUUGUCAUUGGUGGCCCCCAGGGAGAUGCGGGCUUGACUGGCCGGAAGAUCAUUGUGGACACCUAUGGAGGUUGGGGAGCUCAUGGCGGUGGUGCUUUCUCUGGUAAAGACUACACAAAGGUUGACCGUUCAGCCUCUUAUGCUGCUCGCUGGGUUGCAAAAUCCCUUGUGAAGUCUGGUCUUUGUCGGAGAGUGCUUGUUCAGGUUUCCUAUGCUAUUGGAGUGGCCCACCCAUUGUCAGUCUCAAUUUUCCAUUAUGGCACCUCCCAAAAGACCGAGCAUGAGCUGCUAGAGAUUGUGAAGAAGAACUUUGACCUGCGCCCAGGGGUCAUUGUCAGGGAUCUGGAUCUGAAGAAGCCUAUGUAUCAGAAGACUGCAGCCUAUGGUCACUUUGGUAGGAACAACUUCCCAUGGGAAGUGCCCAAAAAGCUCAAAUACUGAACAUGUGGGGCUUCUUUCCCCAGACCUGUUGGUGUACCUUACAGAGAAACCUCCAGGCUGUUGUUCUGUGGGAAAGAACCCUGUUCCCUAAAUGAUCAUGUCCUUCUCUGCUCUUAACUUGGCACACUUUUUUGUCAAUUGCCAUGAAUUAUUAGUCCUUUGGGGGGACCUCAAAUUGCACUGUGCUUUCUCCUCUUUCUGGUAUGCUUGACCUGUAAGUAAAGCCAGUUGAGCAUAGGCGCGAUAUGUCAUACCUAGAGAAGAAAAGACUUAUAAUCAAGGCAAUGUGUUAUUAGUCUAUUCCUUGUGUUGCCCAAAGGCUAACAACAAUCUACCCUUCAAAACAGAACGAACGCUCUUCUCCUGUGGUGUGCACAGAGCCGGUUCUGUACCACGUACUUGGUCCAGAUCUAGAGCAGCACGUUGUCGUGAUUUGGCUCUAAUGAGAAUGCCAAGCCCACCUUUUCUUUCCAUCCUUUUGGUCACCUGAGAGCCAUGACUCCUGUAGCAGACAGCCUUGCAUGCAACGCCAGUUCCGCUCCAGUCGAAUGCGGCUUUCAAUCGGAGGCAGUUCUGGUCUGACAACCGAUGGUAUCAGGCCCCCCAUAUUUUAAUCUAUUGUCGAAGGCUUUCAUGGCCGGACUGACUGGGUUGUUGUGUGUUUUCCGGCCUGUGUGGCCAUAUUCCAGAAGCAUUCUCUCCUGACGUUUCGCCUCCAUCUAUGGCAGGCAAUCUCAGAGGUUGUGAUGUUUCACCUGCCAUUGAUGCAGGUGAAACAUCAGAAGAAAAUGCUUCCGGAACAUGGCCAUACACCACAGUAAAACACACAGCAACUCCAUACUUUAAUCAAUUUCCUAUUAUGUUCCUGGGUCUGGGUGGGAUGGGGCAGGGAUAUUAAUGAACUUAUAUAAAGAUCCUAUGCACCGUUUUAGCACUAGCCAAACCUCACCAAUCUUAUUAGGCAGACUCUUGGCCAAUCUAAUGGCAUUAUGGUCACAGAGAAGUUGCAAAAUCAUACCCAAGGUCUGUAGGCUGCACACUUUUUGGCACCUGGAAUAUAUUUUUGAUUUAUUUCGAGCCAAGAACUUCAUGUUGCACAAAAAUUCUGAGGGGUUUAUUUCCGAUAGCCGAGUCCACACUGCAUCCUGAAGUUCUGGUGUAGCUACAGAGAAACCAGUUCCCUUCAGAAUGCAAAUGCAUUUGGUUAGGAUGUGGCUUUCAGGGGGAUAAGACCCUACAUACUUGAAAUUUUUUAAUAAUUGCUUAUUUAUUGUGUUUGGGACCGGGUGUGAGUACAGAGAAGCCCUUGUCUCAAAUGGCAGCUUUUAAACUUGUUUUUGACUCCACCACCAAUUCCUUGACCAUUUCCAGCACUCCCUGGUAGGCCAAGGUGUCCUACAGAAAAGCCUUGGGUCCCAACCGCCAGGGGGUCUGGCUUCUGUAAAACAGGGGAGGGCCAUGCUGCGGGGGACUGGCCCUGGGAGGGGCUGACUUGGCUGGUGUUGUACAGAGAAGCCGGCUUGUUUACUUACCUGUCCCACGGCCAGUGUCCUGUGCAGGAAGUGCCUUUUGCGUUCCACUUUUUUUUUCUGGGCGUUUACUACAUGUGUCUGGUUCUUGAAAUUCCAACAAUCUAAAAGCAUCUUAAUAAAGUGCUAGGUUCUGUCUUCAAAA